AUGACUGUUAGCUCAGUCCAACGUGGUCCCUUCACCCGGGCUCCGCUCUUGCCUUCUCCACACUUGUUUGAGACCUGGCAAGGUGCGGAACCCUCCAGAAGUGCGGUCAAGCGGCAGCGGCGGCAGCGGCGGCGGCAGCGGAGACGGAGAGACAGGAACACUCCCCCCGCUGCGUCCCCAGCUUCCCAGCGAUGCGGCGGAACCCCCGGAGAAAGUUUGCAAACUUCCAGCGGGCGCGGCGAGGAUGCCGGGUCACCUAGCGGGCGGGCGCGAGAGCGCGCAGGGGGCUCGCCCUCUUCCGGGGUGCCGAGCCUGCCGGUGCCACCUCUCCCGCAGGGCUGGCCGCCGCAGCUGGUGGGCGCGCGCGCCCGGCGAGGGGCGGUCGCCCUCGGAGGGCGCUUGGCUUUCGCUCCAGGCGCUCCAGGCUGGAGAGUCGCGAGGCUCUCUCUGCUCGCGUUCCCUUCUCCAGCCGCCUCCUGCCUCGGUUCCUUUCUCGCUGGCAUCACUACCUCUUCCCCGCCGCUGCCCCAAGUGACAGCUCGGGCUCGAGCCGCAGCGGCACCCAGGCACUUCCCAGGACCCGGCGGCGGAGCCCUCCUCUGCGGCAGAUUCUCGGCAGAACCGUUUAAACUUUCACGAAGUUCUUAGAGGGGCAAGACGCAAAGGAGCCAAGGAGAUGUUUUCUCCCAGAGGCUGCAUCCCGCUUCUUCUUUGCCACAGAUUAAUUUCCAGGGGGUGUCUGGUAGAUAAAGCCCUCCUUGUCCACCCCCCCAACUUUCCGUGAACGGGUGACAAGCCCACUUGAUGCUUGUUCAAGGCCGGGAACUGGAGUGGGCUGCUUGUAUAUGUCCUUGUCAGAGUCUGCAGAGUGUGUUUGAUUUUUAUUUUUCCCUCCUUCUCUGACAUGUGUCAAGGAAUAAAGGCUGGAUACAGGUCCAUUACGUCA